ACUUUAUUUGCCUUAGGGCUCAUAAACUGAUCAAAAUGGACCAGAUCAUGAAGCCACAUCAGCAAGUUACACUGUGAUGCAGACGCCAUGUGCUGUGCAAGCUCCGCUUCCCGGCCUUCCCGGGAUCUGUCCUGCUGCAGGACACGCGCCCGGUUUUUUCAUGCACUUCAGGAGCGACUCGCUGAGUGUCACAAGGACUUUGCUCGGGACGUCACUGCUGGGGUCCUUGAUCUUGGCAUCUCAGCGAAUUCAAAGCCCAAAGGCGAGACGAAUUCCGUGCACGGCCACUUCUGCAAAGCGGGACGCCUUGCUUCAUCAGUUCCGGGACGCCUUCUAUGUGAAAGGCUAUCACAGCGGGAGGUACUUGGGAGCCACGCAUGAUGGGCAUGUGAUACAUGACGAGGUGCCCACAGAGUUCCACUUAUUUGUCUUCGUGCCGGGGAUGGAUGUCUUUACUGGCUUUGUGAAGCUGUACCAUCUGGCCUCGGAUCGAUCCAUUUUCGUGACACCGGAGGGGCUGCUGGGUUGUUAUCAUGGAGACUUCGAGGAACAUUGGUGGAGAGUUCUGCCCAGGGAUGACAAGGGAAGCUUCUCGUUGGUGAAUUUCGCCACAGAGUUCUUGAUCUACUCCAAUUCCGAUGGGCGCCUGGGGAGCUUCUUGGGCGACUACUUCGAGGAUCAGCUCUUUUGGUGCGAGCACCCUGCGAGAGCUGGGACCGCCGUGCUACCCAUCGAGUCUGAAGAGCUGGUUGGAGUGGAAGAUGCGGGAUUCCUUUGGGAAGGCUGCCGACCCGUCUACACGGACGCCUUCCAGGUGCGGCACUACGUGCGCCCAUCGGGCGACGAUCAACUCCAGGGGCUCGGGGAGGUGUGGCGGGCCUUGGCGCCCAUCGGCUGGGGCAGCGCCGCAGAUCUGAAGCUUGAGGAGAUGCAGCAGCCACACCGCUGGGCGAUCGAGCACAUCCCUUUUCUGAAACACUUAGCCGCGCAAGGCCUCAUCUCCGAGCGCCACGCGCGGAACUGCGUCUACGCGGCGGCGCCCAUCGGCGCCGUGCGCUUUCGCCACAACGGGCUCCGGCCGUUGGGCGCCCUGGGCUUCGCGCUGGAGCCCACCUCCAACGGGCGCCACGUGCCGCUGGAACGGUCUUGGAAGCGUGCCUGGCAUGGCUCCAGCUUGCACCACAUCGAGGGGAUCGCCUCGGAGGGCCUGAGGGUGGGGAAGAAGGGGAUUUACUUGUCUCCAUCCUUCCAAUACACCUUCUGCCUCUACUCUUUGCCGGACCUCUGUGUCGACCACGCGCGCUUCCGGCUGGUGGUGGAAGUGCGCGUCCGCCCGGGUGCCUUCUCGGAGCACGGCGAUCAUUACAAGCGGCCGGGCAAGCACGUGCAGAAUCCAAACCAGGACCCUCCAACAGGCUGUUUUGGGACCCUGACGAAUGGUUCUGUGAACUUCAACAUGUGGAGCCGCGAAUUCCAUUGGAUUGCUUGGAAUGGGAGGUUGGCAAGGAUGCAGAGGCAGUUCAGGUGGUGGGCCUUGUUCUGAAGCAGCUGAAGCCCAGCGAGCCCAGCCUGCGCCAUGACACCAACAUCCGCCACGGCUGUCAAGAGCUCAUCGCGCGGGUGAGACAAAGGCAGAGCUUGGCAACUGUGAGUGUUUGAUAUGUGGUACAGGUUUGGUUCAUGGGUACCCAUGUGGCGGG